CGGCGGCGGGCGGGGGCGGUGCCGGUGCCGGUGGCGGGGCCGCGGUGUCGGUGCUGGCGCCCAGCGGGCGGCGAGUCACGGUGCGGGUGGGGCCCGGCACGGUGCUGCUGCAGGUCCUGGAGGAGGUGUGCAGGAAGCAGGGCGCCAGCCCCGCCGAGUACGGCCUCAAGUUUCAGAGGAAUGUUUUGGACCUGUCUUUGCAGUGGCGGUUUGCUAGGCUGCCCAAYAAUGCCAAAUUGGAGAUGGUGCCAGUCUCUAACCGGGCAGGAGUUGGAACCAUGGUUCGGAUAGCAUUGCAACUGGAUGAUGGCUCCCGUUUGCAAGACACCUUCCUCUGCCAACAGACCUUGUGGGAACUUCUCAACCAUUUUGCAAAGAUCAGGGAGUUGAUGGAACAGCAUGGUGAAUUGUCUCCAGUCUGUAUUUACAUGCGAGAUGAGAUAUCAGGAAAAGAUGCCCUGGAGAAGACUACACUGAAGUCGCUUGGCCUGAUGGGGGGCAAUGCCAUUGUCAGAGUUGUCAUGAAGAAAUGCAGUGUGUCUGGUGGGGAGGAAGCUGUGAGUGCCAAGGUGCCYUGUAAUGAGCCAACGGUGAGGUCAGGCUGUGUGGGAGAAGCAGUGGAUGUGACCCUACCUCAAGCAAACACAUUCCCAAAGGACCUGGACCACAGGGAUGUGGCCACAUCCUUCAACAGCUGCACACAGAAGCAAGACUCGAUUGAAGAAUCUCAUGCUAGCCUGGAGGAGCCACGGCUUUCCCCAGAGCCUGAGCCUACCCCAUUYGUUCCUUUUUUUGGAGAUGGAGAGCAUAUGGGGCACUCUCCUGUAGCUGUACCAUCUUCAAAACUGCCAACAACUUCUUCCAGUCCUGGAGGCCCUUCUAAGCCAAAGAAGUCUAAGAACAGCCAAGAACUGCAAAAGCAUCAAGAACAGCUUGUAGAACGUGAGCCCCUUGUGUGCCACCUCGACCUACUGGAACAACUUCCUGAUGGGCCGGAGGAGAUUCCUGAUGAGUUUUUUGAAGUCACGGUGGAUGAUGUACGGAAACGAUUGGCACAGCUGCAGAGUGAGAGGAAACGUCUGGAAGAAGCUCCACUGAUGACGAAGUCUUUGAGGAUGUCCCAGCUGAAGGAGAAGUUGGAGCGUUACCCAAAGGUGGUGUUGAGAGUUUAUUUUCCAGACCGUCAUGUUCUGCAGGGGUUCUUCCAUCCCAGUGAAACUGUUGGCAUUUUGAGAGACUUUGUAAGAAGCCACCUUGCUGAUGCAGAGUUGCCAUUUUACUUGUUUGUUGCACCUCCCAGAACCGUCUUGAACGAUGAAAAUCUGACACUGUUUGAGGCUAAACUUUUUCCAACUGCUGUCAUUCAUUUUGGAUCUGAGGAAUGCAGGGCUUGUUACCUGAAAUCAGACCUGCUGAGAUCUGCAGUUUCUCCUUCUGCAGCUGAUUUAUUAGUAGCCAGAUAUUUGUCUAGAUCAUUAGUUCCUUCUGCUUCAUCAACUAUAGCAUCAGUGGCUCCAUCCCUAUCUGAACCAGAAGUAACAAGUGACAAAAAGACCAUUGAGCAGCCAGAAGCAGCCAGCAUGGAGGGAACUCCACGAGUGUUAAGAAGGACCCCGGGGAAAAUACCCAAAUGGCUGAAGCUUCCAGGUGGAAAGAGAUGAAGCAUGGCUGCUGGACGACUGAACUAUCAGCUAUGUCCUUUUCUCCAUGAACUUACUAAGAACCUGUACAAUGUUUUGGUGGCCCUGAGAGAUCUAAUCUGUAUGAACAUUAGUUAUAAAAAGAGAAUUGCUAUUUCAGAUACCAGUUGCACCUGGUGGAGGAGUGGAAGGACUGUUUUUGGUCUUUCUGACUACAGAAACAAGGUUAGAGGUUAAAUUUAAGGUUUCUUGCAUGCAAAUAAUAAAAAUAGAGAAUUAAGGGGGUAAUGAUAAUAAUUAGAUAUUAUUCCUAUAUAUCUUUCUGCAAAGGACUUAGUUACUACCCAUAUUUUGAAAUUCAAAUCCUUCCAGUUCCACCUUCAGAAGAUGACUUGAGCCUAGCUGCCUGUGUUACAGCACUAAGAUACAGUCUGGUUCAGCUUUACCUCAGAUAGUUAUGUSUAGAACACGACUUCUCUCUGCUUCUUACUGAUUUGGGUUCGUGCUGCUGAUAAUUCUGGACAUAGAUGGCUGGAAAAUGAAUGGAGAGGAAGCACUUAAGUUGCUUAAACCAGUUCAGAUCAGCCUUUCCURUGAAGCUCUUGGGCUGCUGCACUUGUACUGUGUUCAGUUGCCAGAAUCUUGUUAACAAGGAACACAGGUGUGUCUGUUCAUGGAAUGCCUGUUGAGUUUGUUUCUGCCCUAAGCUCUAAUUUUAUUUUCACUGUGUGUAAUUACCAUCAGUAAUUAGUUACAGCAAAGGCUCGAUCUGUAUCUGUAUCUCCUGCAGAUGUUGUGGGGGGAUGAAUUUUGAUUAGAAUUGCCCUUAUGCUGGAGUUUAACUCUGUAGUGCCACGGCAGUUGUGGUGCUGAGUUUUAUUUGAAGUCUCCAUGAAUCAGUGAUCGAUGGAAAGCUGGGAUUCCAUGGUACAGGAUUACCAUGUUUUCCAUUUAACUUGUUUCCUCCCUGCCUUAUGUGUGCAUCUGCACCAUUUGUAGAUGUAAUAAAGCAGAGUGGCCAUGAGA